AUGGAGUCGAACCACAAGCGCAGAGGUUUCGUCAAGGCAAAGAUGAUUAUGUCUUUGUAUCAAACAAAGAGGAAGACUCCGGCAAAGGAGCUCAUUUUCCCUCAGCAGAUGCAAUAUCAAAUAAAGCAGAAGGCUCCGCCCCAAGCCGACUCUGUGGGUUUCAUCGUCAAACCAGAACAAGUAUUUCCGCAAAAGAUGCAUCAAGCAAAGCAGACUGCUCAACCUUCGGUAGGCUUCAUCGUGAACCAAGAUCAAGUUUUUCCUCAACAGAUGCAGAAAGGUUCGAUUGUUGUGCCUGAAAGAGGUCAGGAUUCUUAUGGAAAGUUGGAUAAUUUCUAUGGCGUGGCCGGAGAUGAUGGCGUUGAUGCAAAGGCUGCAAGCUAUAUAUCAGUUGUGCGUGAGAGACUCAGCCUUCAACAUGUCAAUUCUGAACGUAAAACUUAUGAAGACAUAUAUAGCAGUGAAGAUAAGUAG